ACAGUCCCAAUUCACAGAAUUGCCAUCUCCAUGAUUCUACCGCGAUAAACACACUUUCAUAAAGGAUGGAAAACCUCGAACGCACCUGCGCAUCAUUGCGCGCACAAAUAACCGCCACAGAAACCAGGUUAGCGGGGUUGCGACGCGAGCUCGAAAGCGCAGAAAAGGCUGCCAUAGAUACCAGGAAACAAGAAGAUGCGAAGACAGAAGAAAAGCAUGAAGAUCGCGAAGCAAGAACCUGGCCACUGCUAGCCGAGGAAUACCGGCGCUAUGGGAGGCAGAUGAUUGUGCCACAGCUUGGGCUUCAAGGCCAAUUGAAGCUUCGAUCCUCGAAAGUCCUGAUUGUUGGCGCUGGUGGAUUGGGAUGCCCGGCUGCGCAGUAUCUUGCCGGAGCCGGAGUGGGCACAUUGGGACUUGUUGACGGGGAUACGGUCGAGUUUUCGAACCUUCAUCGCCAGGUUCUACAUCGGAGGAGAGCUGUUGGGAAGUUUAAGGUGGACAGUGCGAUUGAGUAUCUUCAAGAAUUGAACCACCACUCUACAUAUAUCCCCUACAGGGCACAUCUUACGCCCCAAGACGCACCGGAGAUAUUUAGGGACUACGACCUGAUUCUGGACUGUACGGACAACCCCGCGACCCGUUACUUAAUCUCGGAUACUGCAGUACUGCUUGGAAAGCCGCUCGUCUCUGCCUCCGCAUUGCGAACCGAAGGCCAGCUCAUGGUCCUGAACAACCCUCCUCGAUCAGCCGGAGAUACGACUGGAGGACCAUGCUACCGAUGUGUUUUUCCGAAGCCACCUCCAGCGAACAGUGUUGUCAGUUGCGCAGACGGUGGGAUCCUUGGACCUGUGGUGGGGACGAUGGGUCUUCUACAGGCGUUGGAGGCAAUCAAGGCUAUUACUGCUAGUGGUGAUGCACCUCGUAAUCCUCCAUCACUUCUGAUCUUCUCUGCAUACUCCUCGCCCCAGUUUCGGAGUAUCAAGCUCCGCUCCCGCCGGGCGAACUGCGCUGUGUGCUCUGCUGAAGCUAGCGUAUCGUUGGACACUCUGAAGUCAGGGUCAACCGACUACGAAUUCUUCUGCGGAACAGCAGCUCCCGAGGCAUUGUUAUCUCCGGAAGAACGCAUUUCGCCGCAAGAAUACCGAACGAGACAUCCCGAUACAUUCGCGCGUCAAUCGGGAACUACUCCUGCCGCAGACAACAAGCAACAUACAAUCAUAGACGUCCGCGAAAAAGUCCAGUUUGACAUCUGCAACAUCGACCACAGCAUCAACAUCCCGAUCUCGAGCAUCCUCUCGUCUCGCCCAGCUCCGGCUGCAGAGGAUGGGACCCCUGCUCCGUUGCCUACCUGGCUUCCAGAGAACAUUCCUUCUCCAGACUCCACCGACCCCGUAUAUGUUGUGUGCCGUCUUGGGAAUGACUCGCAGAUUGCUGUACAAAGGCUAAAGGAACUGGGAUUGGACCGUGGAGGGCAGAGGUUCAUUGGUGAUAUACAAGGUGGACUGCAUGCCUGGCGAAGACAGGUAGAUCCGGAGUGGCCUGAGUAUUAGCACCGUAUUCAUAACACGAAGAACUUUGUAGAAUAGCAAUAAAUAACGUAUGUAACUAACUAGUUAGUUAGUUAGAUAAAAAGAUUAGACAAGUUUAAUAAUAAAUAAAAAAAGAAAAAGCAAAAAGAAACUCCC